AUGGCCCUGGUGCUGAUCCUUCGUCUGCUGACCCUCUGGCCACUGUGUCGUGCCAAAAUUCCUCCAUCUGUUCCCCCAGCUUUAUACCCCAAGCCAUGGCUGGGGGCUCAGCCAGCUGCAGUCGUGACCCCUGGGGUCAAUGUGACCUUGAGGUGCCGGGCACCUCAGCCCGCCUGGAGAUUUGCACUCUUCAAGCUUGGAGAGAUUGCCCCCAUGCUCUUUCGGGAUGUGUCCUCGGAACUGGCAGAGUUCUUCCUGGAGGAGGUGACUCCAGCCCAGAGUGGCAGUUACUGUUGCUGCUACCGGAGACCAGACUGGGGGCCAGGUGUCUGGUCUCAGCCCAGCGAUGCCCUAGAACUGCUGGUGACAGACCAGUUGCCGCGGCCGUCGCUGGUGGCGUUGCCUGGGCCGGUGGUGGCGACCGGCGCCAACGUGAGCCUGCGCUGCGCCGGCCGCGUGCGGGGCAUGAGCUUCGCGCUGUACCGGGUGGACUUGGCGGCUCCGCUGCAGCACCGCGACUCCGCGCUGCGCUGGGUCGACUUCCCGCUGCUCGGCGCCCGCGCUCCCGGCACCUACAGCUGCUACUACCACACGCCCUCCGCCCCCUACGUGCUGUCGCAGCGCAGCGAGCCGCUGGUCAUAAGCUCCGAAGACUCCGCCUCCUUGGACUAUACGCGGGGGAAUCUCGUCCGCCUGGGGCUGGCCGGCCUGGUCCUCAUCUCCCUGGGCGCGCUGAUCACUUUGGACUGGCGCAGCUGGAGCCGUGCCCCUGGUGGCGUCUGGCCCCAGGACACCUAG